AAUAAAUCACUUAGCAACAAGUAAAGAUUCAAUACCAAUAGUGAAUUAGGAAACGCGCAACGCAUGUUUGUGGAGCCGGCGAUGGCUGCAAGACAGGUCUGCACAAGAACCUUAUAGCCGGCCCAAGCAAGCUUCAGCCACCCGAGGAAAGCCCAUCAGCACCGCAUCGCCAGCGCCUGUUUGUCCUCCCAGCUUCUCCGCUUCGAUGACCCGGCGCCGGUGCCCUGAGCCCGGCAGCCUGCGGACGCCAGCCUCCGGGCCCGACCGCGGCGACAACAACCAUGCGAACAGCAACCGCGGAGGAUUCCCCCAAGACCGCCUCCCAGCCUUAAUCCGCAUCUACCUACGCGGACUGCCGGCCGCCGCUGAGCUAUUGCUCCUCGUCCGAAGCAACGACCACGAUGUCUCUGCGGUGGGGGCCUAUGACCUCGUCAUGGCGCUUAUCUGGGACGUACAUCAUCUUCUCCUGCCAGCAGCAUCGCCGGGUGCCGACAUGUUUAGUUCCCGGGAUCCGCAUGCCUUCCUAGCAGCCACCACCGCAGCAGCCGCAAUCGUGGCCGAU